AUGAUAGAUUUUGUGGAAGUUCUUUGUCCUUUCGGUACCUAUCGUAGAAAAGUUGAAAAGGUCGGCGCUGCCUAUCUGAAUUCCAAGAAGAGACAACAAAAUGAUCACAUCGAAAGAAGUGCAUCUGAGGAAAAACUUUUAAACGAUGAAUUUGAGGUUGACAUUAAUUAUCUCAAGUCUCUAGACCCAAAGGAAUGGAAAAAUCAGGACCACUAUAAGGUUUUAGGGCUUGAAAAACUGAGAUUUAAUGCCACAGAUGAUGAUAUACGUCGAGCCUACCGAAAGAUGGUUUUACAGCAUCAUCCCGACAAACGCAAAGCAAAGGGCGAAGAGAUAAAGACAGAUGACGACUAUUUUACAUGUAUAACAAAGGCUUAUGAAACCCUAGGUACGCCCAAAACGAGACGUUCAUUUGAUUCGGUGGACCCUGAAUUUGACGACUCGUUGCCCACUCAAUCGGAGAUUGAAAGCAACUUCUUCGAGUCUUUCCAGAAAUACUUUGAACUGAAUGCGAGAUGGAGUGAAAAAAAGAAUGUCCCUUCCUUUGGCGACAUGAAUUCCACAAGAGAAGAGGUUGAGCGAUUCUACAGUUUUUGGUAUGAUUUUAAGUCUUGGCGCGAGUUUAGUUACUUGGAUGAAGAAGAUAAAGAAAAGGGCCAGGAUAGGGAUGAGCGUCGAUGGAUUGAGAAAGAAAAUAAAGCGGCACGUAUAAAACGGAAGAAGGAAGAAAUGAUGAGAAUUCGAGCUCUAGUGGAUUUGGCAUACAACAAUGAUAAACGCAUUCAAAAAUUUAAAAAUGAAGAGAAGGAGAGAAAAUUGGCCGCAAAACGUGCAAAAAUGGAUGCAGCACAGGCUCAAAAGGCAGAACAAGAGCGAGCUCUGCGAGAGGCACAGUUGGCGAAAGAACGCGCUGAAAAGGCUGAACAAAAACGAAUAGAGCAAAUAAGGAUCGAAAGGGAACAAGCAAAAAAGGCUAUUAAAAAGGAAAGGAAGCUACUUAGAGAUAAAGCCAAAGAAAAUAAUUAUUUCGGAAACAAUGAUAAAGAUGUCCUUAAAAAUAUGGAAGGCGUAGAAAAGAUAUGCGAAACAUUCUCACUGGCCGAAUUGCAAGAAUUAAACAAAAAAAUGGAAAAAUCAGCAAAGGACUCGUUUUUCGGAGCACUCAAAAAAGCGGAUAUGAAAAUAAAAGCGGAACUUGAAGAGGUGAACCAAACACAAAACAAAGGCAAAAACAAUACAAAAUCGGAAACUGUUAUUAAGGAAGUUAAAAAAACCGAGCUAUGGAGUAACGAAAAUGUGCAGCUGCUCAUCAAGGCUGUGAACCUGUUUCCUGCGGGAACAUCACAACGUUGGGAUGUAAUUGCAUCGUUUAUUAAUCAGCAUUCAACAGUGGAGGUUAAUAUAACAGCCCGAGAUGUCCUCAACAAAGCAAAGGCAUUGCAACACAGCGAUUUCUCUAAAAAUACUCUUAAAACACAAGCUAAUGAUACAGCUUUCGAAAAUUUUGAAAAAUCAAAGAAAGAAGUUGUGACGUCUUCCGACAUCACUGUCAAUACUGAAAUAUCGUCAGAAAGCGCCGGUAACAGUGAAUCCAAAGAAAACCAAUCUAAUGGCAAUAUAUCGAACUCCACAACCGUUAAUUCGAAAACACAAAAGGCAACAUCAAAGGCAUGGACAAAGGAAGAACAAGCUUUAUUAGAGCAAGCCAUCAAGACCUACCCAAUAUCGACGCCAGACCGUUGGGAUCGGAUUGCAGAAUGCAUUCCCAACAGAUCAAAAAAAGAUUGUCUCCGGAGAGUAAAGGAAUUAGUUGAACUUGUUAAUUCUAAAAAAGAAGCUCAGCAGUUGGUGAAAUGACUUUGAAA